AUGAGAGACGUAUACAUGGCGACGAAAAAAGAUUCAAGGCGUCAGAAUUUUUCCUUUUCCAGAUUUGGAGGUAUCGCAGAUGAAAUAAGAUUUGAAGAGUCCCUUAAACGAUUAAGAUUCAAGUACAGAACCCUGAUGGUUAACAAAGCGAAGUUCGACAGGAAAGAAACCAAGUCCACGGUCUUACAACAAAAGGUAUGUCAUACGAUUCCUCCCCAUAAACCUUCUGGGCACCAUGGGGGUUUUCGAGACAAAAAAACAUUUGUGGAUGUGACGGCUAGGAAUGUUGUUUCCAAAUGCUUGGUGCACCAAAUAUCCCUAAACACUGAGAUCAGGAUGAAACAAUGGAAGAACAGUGAGUUAUCUCUAAUCGGGAAAGCACACAGUGCAAAACACCUAAAUGUUAUUCCCUCUACUGUUGACUUGGGAAACGAUGACUCUGGAAAGGUUGGCGAACGCAUGGUUAAAGGCGGGAUCAUUGAAAUGGAUGAAACUUGGAGUCCCUUCAAGAAGCAGGCGUCGAAGGACAAUUGGUUGGACGACCUGCCUGAAUCCGAAGAGGAAGAUCACCUGGGCGUAUCUGAGACGGAUAACAAAAGCGAAGACGAAGAUUUGGAGGAGGGAUAA